AUGCGGAACUCAAGGAAUCCGGCCACCUCGCCAUCCCUAUGGCCAGCCUCCAUCGAGCUGACAUCCGCUCUGACGACUCCUUUCAACUCGAAUACCAAUCCCAAGCUGUACGACCGGUUCAUCGCUCUGACAAACGCUGCUUUGACGGAACCUAUAUCGUCCAUGAAGGGCAGGCUAGUCAUACUUCACUUCAGAAUCGCACAACUCUGCGUCUGGCACCCCACCGAGCCAUCAGCAGCCAACGCUGUCCGCCUGUUACAAGCCUACAUAGCGCAUGGAUCUGACGACGGCACGGUCAUCCCACCUUUGUCGAAUGCGAGGAUGCGACCGUCAUUCUCAAGGUUCCUGGAGAAGACCAUCGUCGUGUUGGAGUCACAGGGUCAUCAUGAAACUGUGGCGUGGAUCAGGAAGCACUUCUCGGAGUUUCUUGAUGCGAAGAAAGGCGACAAGGCGGGUCAAACCGUCGCGAAGGAUGCGACAGUGACGGUGAGAUAUCUAACCUCCGCUGACUCCAAACCUCAGGUGUUGCGGUGA